AAUUGAAAGGCGCCAUUUGUUCGUUGGACUGUCCGGGGGUAGGUCGAUCAUAAUCAGUUGAAUAACAAUAAAACGGAAGCGAAAACACAGGAUUCCGCACCGUAAAACUACCCCGAUCCAUCCGAAUGGAUGCGGCCAUCAACCCGUCUCUUGACAGCAGCUCUGUGGGUCUAGGGCUGUCUGUCUUGGGCGGGAUGGAGCAGGGUUCAGGCAAGCGUAUUCGGAGACCCUCGCUGCUCUAUGAGGGCUUUGAGAGCCCGUCUCUGCCCCACGUGCCUCCAGCCGGACCCCCUCCGCCCCAGACAGACCGCAGCCGACAGGGACGCACCAAUCAGCUGCAGUUCCUCUACAAGGUCUUGGUGAAAGCGUUGUGGCGCCAUCAUUUCGCUUGGCCUUUCCAUGAACCUGUGGACGCGGUCCGACUCAACUUACCUAUUUGUAAGGCCCUAUACGUUUCAGUUCCAGCGAUAUUGGGAUCUCCAUAUGGCUCUGAGAGUAAAUUCACAACUCUAACCAACCGACCUUCAUAUCAUUCCAAAACGGACUACCAUAAGAUCAUCAAACAGCCGAUGGACAUGGGCUCAAUCAAGAAACGACUGGAGAGUAACUACUACCACAGCGCCAGCGAAUGUUUGCAGGACUUCAACACCAUGUUCACCAACUGUUACAUCUACAAUAAGCCUACAGAUGACAUUGUUUUGAUGGCACAGUCUCUGGAGAAGGUCUUCUUACAGAAGGUUGCCCAGAUGCCCCAGGAAGAGAUUGAGUUGCCCCCUCCUACCCCUAAAGGCAGAGGAGCAAAGACCAUCAAAGGACGUCGAAGCAGAGGAGGAGGAAGCGUAACAUUGGCUCACCAGGUGCCUGCCGUGUCGCAGUCAGCAUACUCUCCUUCCUCUCCCGACACGCCAGAUUCCCGGUUUUCCACCCCACCACAGACCCUGCUGAGCAACAGCGGCCCUCCUCCACCGCUGAUGACCCCACCACCCACCCAACCCACCGCAAAGAAGAAGGGUGUGAAGCGUAAGGCUGACACCACCACUCCCACCACACUCGGCUUCCCCGUGACCGCAGCUGCUCGGAUGGGAGGCAUGGGAAAAGGUCACGGAUUGACUGGAGAGAUGCCCCACUCUCUGAACGACCCCACACACCUCCAGCCCGUCUUGGGGCGACCGCUGUCCCGUCGUCCAAUUAAACCUCCACGUAAGGACCUGCCCGACUCAGAGCGGCCCCAUCAGCCCUCACGCCGGGGGAAACUAAGCAAGCAGCUUCGCUACUGCAGUGGCGUACUUAAAGAACUGCUGUGCAAAAAACACGCGGCGUACGCCUGGCCCUUCUACAAACCCGUGGACACAUCGACACUGGGCCUGCACGACUACCACGACAUCAUCAAACACCCCAUGGAUCUCAGCACCAUCAAGAGGAAGAUGGAUGAGCGUGAGUACAGAGAUGCCCAGCAGUUCAGCGCUGAUGUCAGACUCAUGUUCUCCAACUGCUACAAGUACAACCCACCUGAUCACGAUGUGGUCACCAUGGCACGAAAACUGCAGGACGUGUUUGAGUUCCGCUUCGCAAAAAUGCCUGACGAGGUUUCGGAGGAGGAGGGGUUGUCUCCCAUACCAUUAGGACGGAACAUGGGCAUGCUGGGAAUGCACCACUCCUCCUCUUCAUCGUCCUCUUCUUCCUCUUCGUCGUCCUCUUCCUCCUCGUCGGAGAGCGAGCCGAGCAGUGACAGCGAGCCGAGCAGCGACAGCAGCCCGAGCUCAGACAGCGAGGAGGAGAGAGCUCAACGCCUGGCCCAGCUGCAGGACCAGGUGUGUACUCAGCUCAGAGCGGUACAUGAGCAGCUGGCAGCCCUCUCCUCCGGCCCGAUCAUCAAACCUAAAAGGAAACGAGAGAAAAAGAAGGACAAGAAGAAGAAAAAGAAGCCAGAGAAACACAGAGGAAGUCGAAGUCUGAUGAGUGAUGAGCGGGACAAACCUUCCAAACUGCCUAAAAGCAAAUCCAGCCAUGCUUCCCUGUCAUCUACACAGAGCAAGAAAGGCCCUGCGAGGAAAAGCAACAAGAACAAGAACGCAAAGAAAUCCUCCUCCUCUCUUUUCUCCGCGGCUGCUGCCGUCUGCUUGCCACACUACGACUCUGAGGAGGAAGAGGACGGUCUUCCCAUGAGUUAUGACGACAAGCGGCAGCUCAGCCUGGACAUCAACAAGCUGCCCGGGGAGAAACUGGGCCGCGUGGUGCACAUUAUCCAGUCACGGGAGCCCUCGCUCCGCGACACCAACCCCGAGGAGAUCGAAAUCGAUUUUGAAACGCUGAAGCCGUCCACACUCCGUGAGCUGGAGCGAUAUGUGAUGACCUGCCUUCGCAAGAAGCCCCGCAAACCAUAUGUGAUGAAGAAGGGAGGAGGUGGGAAGAGCCGAGAGGAACUGGCUCUGGAGAAGAAGAGAGAGCUGGAGAGGAGGUUACAGGAUGUGAGCGGACAGCUGAACUCUGUCAAGAAACCCCAGAAACCCAAAGUGGAGAAGCCGAGCGGCGCAGAGCCUCACACCAUAACCUCACGUCUCAGCGCCAGCAGCUCCAGCUCAGACUCCUCCUCAUCCUCCUCCUCUUCCUCAUCUGACACCAGUGAAGAGGACUCCAGGUGAAGAGGACUCUGGGAAGGCACAGGAAGUGGGCUCUCUGCAGCACACUGAAUCCAGGAUCUAUGUUUACUAUAGUGUAAAAAAAAAUGCACAUACUAUGAAGGAUUUUUUUUCUUUUAUAAAGAAGACUUUUACCAGAAUGCCCAUAAUGGGAAAGAGUGCGUAAUCAUAACUACUUUUCUUAGUUGAUGAAAUAGCUUGUUGUUUUGUUCUGCUUCCAUUUUGACCAUUUAGAAACAUUUCUUACUACUUUUUGCAUUGCUUUAAAGAUCAGGGCCAGUAUUUAAAUCUCUUUGAGCGACCGAAACUUGCCUGAAGAUUUCUAAAGGACCUUUAAGGGGGAUCGAAACUUUGCAUUUGCAUUGGCUUUAAAACGUUUAUUUGUCUGCGCCGCGAUGCACUGGACUGUUUUGUACACAGAGUUGUUCAAAAACUUUCCAUUCGUGAAAAGAAACCACUCUAAUUUGAUUUUGAUAUUGCUUUGAACUGUAAAAAAUGUAUUUAAUUUUUAUUUUUUACAUGAUUGAAUCAAUGUCAAAUUCAAACACUCAUAAAUCUGUCUGAAUAGGCACCUGUAAAAAUUGUAGUAAAUAUAUUCAUUGAAAAGAACAGCCAUAAGGCCUCACUGGACUGGAGGAGAUGGUUCAUGAGUUCUAGAGAAAAGUUAUUAAAAGAAUGAGCAGUUUAAGUUGAAUGUUAACUUGAGAGAUCUGGUUUGUAGAGGAGAACAGAGGCGUCACAUUUAAGCAAUAGACUGUCAUUUAUUUCUUGUAUCUAUGGAGUCCUUAUACCAUGUUUUCUCGUUUGUAUUUAUUUGCAUUGCUCUAACCUUUCUUUUCUAAAAUAUUCUUAUAUAUAAGACACACGGCAGAUCAUUGUAACCCAUUAUUUCUUCUCUGCAGUAUAAUUAAGAGUUUAUGCGCUCCAGAUUAUACAUUGGUUUUUUAUUUGGAUGGAAAUACAAAUACAACAGGUGAACGGUGGGUGAUUCAGUAUUUUAUUAUUGGUACAACUCAGCAGGCUUGCAAAACAGGUAAUGCUAGGGAGAACGGUGUGGGAGUUAAAAUAGUGUGUACAAGCUAACAUAGUCACUGUGAGAAAAAAUAAAUAAAUAGAGCCCGAGCGCUUUCGGUUUAGCUCAAGGGCAUGAAGAAGUUCUGACUGCUGGGAUUUUGAGCGCAAGUCUCAGAAAACAUUUUAAUAUCAGGAUUAUUUGGGGAAAUUUAUGCUGUGGAAUAUCUCUGUGGCAAUUGACAUAAAUCCAACCGUCAACUAUCCUACUAAAUUGAAUGAAAAUCACUUCGAAACGAGCUGCUGUCAACCAAAUCAUAUAUGUAUAUAUAUUUGUUAGUUUUUUACAUUACACAGUUUUGCCACCUUUUGUUUAAUGCACAAUGGUUAUAGAAAAAAAUGCAGUGGUUUCAUGCAACACAAAAGAUGUGGAACCUGAUUAGCUGGUGGAAUGUAGUGCUCUAGUUUCUAUCAGGCAUGAGGAAACUGUUUUGUGCUUAAUAAUGACUGGAGCAGGAAGUAAACGCUCUGUUCGGCUCAUGGCUUUGA